AUGCUAGGCAUAACUCACCUGCGUACAACGGCAUACCAUCCGCAAGCGAACGGGAUCAUCGAACGUUGGCACCGUUCCCUGAAAACGGCGGUAACUUGCCACGAACGAGAAGACUGGAGUUAUCGCCUGCCUAUAAUACUCCUAGGACUUCGCACAGCAUUUAAGCCCGACAUCGGAACAACUGCCGCGCAACUCGUUUACGGCGCCAAUCUAAGAUUACCGGGACAGUUUUUUAAUGGCAGCCAGAACCAUCGACCACAAUCGGAUUUCGCUAAACAGCUCGGCGAUAUAAUGCAGGACAUACGUCCAACUCAAACCGCGAACCACGACAGUACCAAAACCUUUGUAUUCAGCAAAUUGGCGGACGCAACGCAUGUCUUCGUGCGUAACGACAAAGUGCGGCCAGCGUUCCAACCGCCAUACGACGGCCCAUACUCCGUAAUCUCCAGACACCCAAAGUAUUUCACCGUCCAAAUCAACCGCAAUAGAGUAAAUAUAUCAAUAGAUCGACUUAUACCAGCUUUCAUCGAAUCACACCAAUCGGAUAUACAAUCGCCGACAAUUUUAACUCAACAAAAUUCAGUCCAGUUGCACAUGACUUCAUCAUCAAGUCAUAGUCCCACAGUCAAUACACCAAUAAAUCGCCUCGGACGUAAAAUAAGACUUCCCGUCCGUUUCAGAACGUAA